AUGGCAGCUUAUGGAGCUCUUCUUUCACUUACCAACACCAUACACCAAAUCUUGAAUCAUCCUCGCCCACCUAUCUCCCUCGACAAAUUAAAAAUCGAACCACUGAUAGAAAAAGUUGCUUUCUUGCAAGAUUUUCUUGAAAAAUAUAUCAUUGAUGAUGCAGAUGGGUUGGAGGGGCGUAUGAUUGAUGCUGCUCAAGAAGCCGAGGAUAUAAUUGAGUCCCACAUUGCCGAUCAUAUCGAGGCUCGUGGGGAAGCUAACAUCAGUUCAAAGAACAAUGACUCUUUGUAUGGAGAGGUAGAGAAAGUGAUGUUCGACUUGGAUUCUAUCACUAAAGACGUGGCUGCUGUUAAAGAGAAGAAGGCGGGGAAAAAAAUUGCUCCUUGUACGGAGGAUUACGCCACGGUUAGCUCCGAUGAUGUCAUGAACGACUUCAUGGAUAAGUUCAACGGUCCUUCUACAGAAGGGAACGAUAGUGUGAUGAACGACAUCAUGGAUAAGCUGACCAAUCAACAAUACAAUCGUCGGAUCAUCGCGAUUGCCGGCAUGGGCGGCAUUGGUAAGACCACUCUUGCAAAAAAGAUUUACGAAAAUCCACUUAUUGUGGAAUACUUUGAUAUGCGCGGAUGGGCUACAGUAUCUCAAGAAUUUGAUUCGAAAAGGAUUUUAUUAGAAGUCCUUCGCUGUUUGGAACUCAUUGGGAGUGAGGACAUGUUGAGCGAACAUGAAUUAGGAGACAGACUGUAUAAAAGCUUAUUCGGCCGGCGGUAUCUGAUUGUAAUGGAUGACAUUUGGAGUAUGGAGGCAUGGGAUAGGGUGAAGCGCUUGUUUCCAGAUAACGACGGGAGCAGAGUAUUGAUAACCACUAGGCUAUCGAAAGUGGCUCUGCAACUGGAUGGCCUAGAUUACUUUCAGAUGAGUUUACUGAACCAUAACGAAAGUUGGAAUCUGCUGCAUAGGUGUGUGUUUCAUGAACAAGGGUUCCCUCCGGAAUUGGAAGCGCUUGGGAAGGAGAUUGCCGGAAAAUGCAGAGGCCAUCCAUUGUCGAUUGUUCUGAUUGGAGGACUUCUAGCAAAGUCUAAGCAAACACAGGAAAAUUGGCAACACAUUUUAGAAAAUUUAAGCUCGAUUGUGAAUUUAGAGGAGGACGAGCGUAAUAAAAAGAGAGCAGGUAUGCAUAAAGCAAGUUUCUGGGAUAAACUCUUUUAUUAA